UAGUUUUAGCUGUUAACUUCAGUUAAAAAAUGUCGAGUUCGAAUUAUUCGCCUCCUUUUAUUGUUUCUGUUUCUACUAUAUUAACAUAUGAACCCAUUGAUGUUCAACCUGCAGGGAAAGGUAAUAUGACCUCCUUCAAGUUGAUCCAUAAAGUACAUAUUUAAAAGGAAGGGAUAUUGUACAGCAGAAUAGCUUCUGAAAUCUGAACUACUAUAGAAGUGUACAGUUUUGACAGAGCGCUUGCUUCUAGCCAAUGCACUAGUGUACGUAUCACUGAAUAUACAAUACUCAUCAUUUAUGUAAUAACCAGCUUUGGAAAGAAUGUACAUACCUGAGAAAGAAUCGAUGACUUUUCUAGUUUCAACAAAUUAACAUUAUUCUGAACGACCUGCCUGAUACAUAAAUUAACAUUAGUCUGAUAAUCAGCUGAAUAUUUCUAACCAAAGGUGGGCAUAUCCUACCUACUUUGUAAAAAGAAUGGACCAAGUCUAUUCUCAUGUCGACUCUGAGGAGUCAUUAUCAAUGUUGCUAGUGCGCACAAUUAUAAAUAAUCAGAGGCAAGUACCAAGAAAAAGAGACAUAAGCUAAUGCAGGUAUGAAUGCCACUAACUUGUUUUGGGUGCCAGCGGCAUGGUUCCAGAAGACUUGAAGCUCUGAUUAAGCCAUUCAAAUGGACACGCACUUUCGUGUACUUUUCUACGACAUUACUUUACCCACUUAAUUAAGCAGGACCUGCUUAAUGGGGGAGAACUUAGUUUUAAAUGUGAGCCAUUAAUUUUUUUGAUCGGAUGGUGCAAAUAAUAUUAACAUAUGUGGACGAAUAUGAUGGCUUGUUUUACUUCUGUCUUAAGUAUCUGAUUUAUUUUCAGCUUUUGGUUAAAAAUUGGUAGCGGAAGGCAUUUUGACCCAUUUGUCACUGUUAUUUGUUACGGCACAGCGUUGGGAGUUCCUUUUUGUACUUGUUUGUUGUGAAACAUCAUAAUGUAUCUAGUUACACGUCUGUCAUGAAUUCAACUUCAGGAAUUUGGACUGUGGCGAAAGCCCAGAAAUCUUGGUGAUUGAAUAAACAUGGAACUAUAAUGUUUGUGAAAUGGAGAGGUUACAUGAUGAGGGGCAUGCCUGUAUUUCACUCAGUAGUGAGAUGAUGUAUAGGUGCUUGUUAGGGACUUUAUUUGUUCCUUAUAUGUUUUAGUCCAAAAACAUCAACACUCAUUGGGUGUUAUAAUCUCCUGGGGGCCUUUUACUUGUUUCAGUUGUAUGAUUUGUUAAAGUGGCUAUGCUGGAUUGCCCUGAAGGUGGUAUGGAUAGCACAUUCAGGUAAUAAAUAUGACAAAUGAAGACGCAUUUUCACUUAUUUGGUAAUCUAGACGCGUCAAAAGUGACUUCUUUCAAAUGUGCUUGGAUGAUUCGUGACACACAAUUAAUCUAUCACAGGACUCAAAAAUAGUUAGCUAUCUUUACUUCCUUAUAAGCAUUGCCCUGGAUUUUCUCUUUAAAUUGUUUAAAUUUGUUAUUGUCAUUUAGGCAAUAAGACAUACUGAGCUCAAAUAUAUUUUCUUAAUUCCUUGCCAUAUCUUAGAGCUAUAAAACACCCUUUAUCUCAAUCUUUGAAGACAUACCGGUUGGAUGGACAAUGAAUUUUAUACUUCAUUAGUAUAGAAGACUCCCUGAGUAAUAGAUUGCAGCCAUCCAUACUAUCGCCACACUGUAUACAAUGUGGAUAGUUAGCUUGAUAAACAUGGAUUUAGCAUGCAUAUAUUAUUGGCAGUUUUUUAAGGCUAUGCUAAAAUGUGAUAGUUAUAUUUUGUCCCGACACCACUGUAUAUGUUGUUGUACAAUGCGGGAGGAUCACAUAGAGUCGCUGUUUCAGUUUUCGCUUGGCUAUUUUGGCUAUAUUAUUACUAACCUCAUCAGUGUCAUACGCCGUUUGUUUAUCCAAGGGCAUGCCAAAAUUUCCCUUUAAUUACGUCAUUUUUAGUGCCUACAGAUGACUGAUGUUUCAUUUUGAUAAAAGUCCCACUACGGUCAGAAUGAGAUGAAUUACAUGUCUGCAAAACUAAUCAAAUAUGAAUGUGAUGAAUUUCCUCUUUGCAGAAUCUACAUACUAUGUAUUACAUGCAAAAAAUGUUUAUACAAGACAUUUUCCCCUCAUGGUUAUAUGUGUGUUGCACGUACAUGCCCACGUCCUCGACGGCAAAAUCCAGCUACCGGUGGGGAUAUAGAGGAUGCCAAGAUGGACAACGCAUUGGUAUCGAGUUUGCCGAGCUCGCGAGGACAGACCACGACCUGGUGACCUUUGCCAUUGAGGGCACCGUCUACCUUUGGAGCCCCGUUGAUCUCAUGACCCUCGCCUCCGCCACAGCCAACGCCACAGCCGCUAAGUUCCUGAAGCUUGAUCGACAUCUUUUGUCAGUUGCUAACUAUUCCAACAUCUCUCAAAAUGGGAAAAGCAAGAGGGAAAUGUAGCACCCCCUAGGACAUCAACUGUACUGCCAGUGUACAUGCUUUCACAUGAAAAUGCUGGUAUCCACCUUGCAGCCUGCUAUUGUUUUCUGAAUUUGCAACUGCGGACCAUUGCUUUCUGUCUGGAUUUCACUCAAAUUGAGCAGUUUCACAGAGUGGGUGUUGGGGUAGUAGUUUUGCUCAAUUCAGGAUAUCGUGUGAAAUAAACCUAUGGGAUUUCUCUCCAGUUUUAUGUUGUGGCAUAAGAUUGAAAAAAAGUAGCCAUGGUUUACAAGUCACUGGUAAAACAAGUAAACCUGCUGUUGUCAAAAUUUCAAACCAACUAAGCAUGUUCAUUUCAAAUCAGUUAGCAAUGACAUUCAAUGUGGAAGGAAGGUGAAACAGCUUAUGAUUUCUAAGUAGGAGUAUAUAUUAUUUCUAGGCUUUGGUUUUACUUUUUUUGGCUUUAAUGGGUCCUACUAGUGUGCAUUGGGAAAAAAUUAUUUCAAUCUAAGUGGCAACAGGUUCCAACGUGUAUAUGUAUUAUGUGCUACAUACGAAGGUUCCAACGGACUUAUAUUUAGGAACGGAGGGAGUAGAUUUUAGAACUCAAUUCUCAUAGACAAAGCAAGAACCUUCGAUGACUAAUGCUUAAGUGAGGUGUAAUUUUUCAAUUUUAGAACUCAAUUCUCAUAGACUGAAGCUCGGCCUAGGCUAGAACCCCCUCGAGUGAGCUCCUCAAGUCCUCUUAUACCCCUCCUACUUGCUUGUUGGUUCAAUGCUCUGCCUUUGUGAGGUGUAAAUGUUCAAUUUUGUUCAUAGUCGAGCAUUGGAUGAUAUUGUAUUUGUCAUGAUGUACAUGGUUCAUGAACUAUGCCAACCUGUAGCUUUGUUGUACUAGUGAUAGUAGGAUAAUGCAAGUUUUGACAAUCCAUGCAUAUUUCCGCAUCAUAAUAAUCUUCUUCUUCUUCUAGUCUUCUUCUUCUUCUAACUUUCUUCUUU